AUGGCUCCAGAGCCUGAGGGCUCAUCCACACUCUGUGAUUCCCUGAUGAAGCAUUUUGUCUUAGCCAUGGACCUGGUGGGCAGUCAGGAGGGGGUUUAUUAUUGUGAACGUUGGCACCAGAAGGCCCAAUAUUCAGGACCGAAGUGCUCCCCAAACUAUGCAUUAGGAAGCAGCAGACCUUUGCCUGCAGAACUGAGAAGCCACUGCCUGAAGACUACACCUGAACAUCCAAGGCUGAAGAGAGGAAGCGCUGGCGGCUCCCCAGAGGCCCCAGGGUGAAGCUCCCCUGCUCCACCAGGGAACCUUUGCCAUAGACCGAGAGUCCUCUUCCUUCCUGGAAGGAGCAAACCCAACUCAGCUGGGGGCCUAUGAGAGGGAGCAGCCCGCCUCCUCCCUGGGGGAGUCUCUGACUUGGUGAAGUCUGGGAGGCCCUCUGGGCCCCAGGAUGGACUGUGCAGCACGCAGGAGGAGGGCAGACCAGAGACAGGGCAGAAGGGAGCCAAGAAACACCCAGCUUGUUUCAGACUCUCUGUUCAUAAAGUGCCCUCCGGAAACUCACUGCCUGCCUCAUACACGUUUCCUAAACAGCAACGCUCCACUCCAUGCAAGCCUCCAUUUUUCUUGGGUAGAAAAGCAUUUAAAUCACCAGACCCCAACACCCACCCCCCGUUCUCGCCCAGCAGUUAG